UUUGAUAAUUAAAUCCAUUCGAAUAGUUGGCAUUGACCUAAUAUGAGGCUAUUGUAUAACGAUAUAUACUUGUUGUUAUAGUUUAUUAGUAUGUUAAUUUGUGUGUGUUAUUUUUUCACCCCUUAUGACUGUAAAAAUAUAAAAAUUAUGACGGUCAAGGGGGAGUUGGAUAAAAUUAUGACAGUCAAAAAUUUAAAAAAUUACUUAUCACCACUCUUCUUCUCUUCUUCAUUUAUUCUCUUUUCAAUCUAAUGAUCAUUAUUAUUAUGAAUCAAAAAAGGCCCAUUGAAGAUAAACCUAAGGAUUCGGCCAGCAAUGGUCUCUUUCAAUCUUAUCGUUCGACCCGUUUUCCAUAUUGUUGUUGCUAGUCUUUACGUUUUUGGCAUUGGUUUAAUUAUGAAUGACAAUUUUUCUAUCUUAGCAAUUUGCUACAUGAUUAGUUUGUUUUUGUUGUUAGUUGGCCUUUUUAUACUUUCGAUGUCUGGGGUGGAAGAUUGCCAACAUCCAGGAAACCUCCGUGAUAACGUAUUUCAAUUCCAAAAUUUGCAUUGUACUUGCAUUAGAGGUGCUAUAUAUGGUUGGUCUCUUAUUAUGUUAUUCAUAAUAUUUAUUAUUGCUGUUGCUCAGAAUGCCGAGACUGCUCAUAGAGCAAGAGUAGAAUUACAUGCAAAUUGUUAAACUGCUAAUGGUUCUAAGAUGAAUCUGUUUUAUAUGAAUAAACCAAUCCAUUACUUAUUUUAUUCUAUCUUUCAUUUUUUUUAUUAGUUUGAUAAUCUAAUUUACUUAAUUCAUAGCAAAUGGUUAAAAUAUUUUUCUAUAAUCAAACAGCUGUUUAUAUUUAUAUACAAAUGUGGUUAUGUAUAAUACCUUACAUAUCAGAAUAGAAUCUAUUUCUUAUCCUUAUUAUAAUUUUUCUAAUUCAAAAUACAAAUGAAAUCAAAUGAAAAUAUAAACCAUGACCAUGAUUGGAAUGUAUGUUAAAUAUAUGUAUAUGAAGAAGAUAAAUACUGUUUGCUCUUUUACAUAAAGAUAUAAUCCAUUCAUAGUGUGGGAGCAUUCUUCAAGUCCUAUAAAACGCU